AAUAAAAGCAUGGCGGAGGCUGGCGAUGAGCUGCAGCCCGGGAACCGUCCUCCCAAAGCAUCCAGAGACUGACAAACCCUGAGCCAGAGGGGGUGGGGGUGGAAAAGGGCGGGAGGGGGGAGCGCAAGGGAGGGAGGGGGCAGCCAGUCCUUCCCUUUGCACUUGUCAGAUGCAGAUGGGACUGGCAAAGUUUGUUUGAAUAAAAAAAAAAAAAAAAAGGCAAAGAAAAAAAAAAGGGGGAAGAGCAGGAGGAGGGGGAGGGAAAAAAAAAGAUCCUAGAAAUCCAAAAAGGCUCAUCUGGGAAAGAGAGAGAGGAGAGAGAGAGGAAGCGGGAUGCAACUCAACCUGACGCUGAUCUGCUUCGUCUUCGGGGGGUUCCUGCCCGACGCCGCGGCCCGGCGGGAGCAGAUGGACACGGGGCAGUGCGACCUGCCCCGCUCGCAAGGAGAGCUCAACUCCUUCCUCUGGACCAUCCGCCGCGACCCCCCUGCCUAUCUCUUUGGCACCAUCCACGUGCCCUACACGCGGGUGUGGGACUUCAUCCCCGACAACUCCAAGGCUGCCUUCCACGCCAGCUCCAGUGUCUACUUUGAGCUGGACCUCACUGACCCCUACACCAUCUCGGGCCUGGCCAGCUGCCAGAUGCUGCCCCACGGGGAGAACCUGCAGGACGUGCUGCCUCGGGAGCUGUACCGCCGCCUCAAGCGCCACCUGGACUACAUCAAGCUGAUGCUGCCCCACUGGAUGACCCCAGAUCAGCGGGGCAAAGGGCUCUACGCUGACUACCUCUUCAAUGCCAUCGCCGGGAACUGGGAGCGCAAGAGGCCCGUCUGGGUGAUGCUCAUGGUGAACUCCCUGACGGAGACUGACAUCCGCUCCAGAGGGGUGCCGGUGCUUGAUCUCUACCUUGCUCAGGAGGCCGAGAGGAUGAAGAAGACAACGGGUGCAGUGGAGAGGGUGGAGGAGCAGUGUCACCCACUGAACGGGCUCAACUUCUCCCAGGUGCUGUUUGCUCUAAACCAAACUUUGCUCCAACAUGAAAGUCUCCGAGCAGGUAGUUUGCAGGCCCCAUAUACCACUGAAGAUCUCAUCAAGCAUUAUAACUGUGGAGACCUGAAUGCUGUCAUAUUCAAUCAUGACACUUCUCAGGUCCCUAACUUCAUCAACACGACGCUCCCUCCCCACGAGCAGGUGACAGCUCAGGAGAUUGACAGCUACUUCAGACAGGAACUCAUCUACAAGAGGAACGAGAGGAUGGGGAAGAGAGUGAUGGCGCUUUUAAGGGAGAAUGCAGACAAGAGCUUUUUCUUUGCCUUUGGAGCAGGUCACUUCCUGGGUAACAACACUGUGAUUGAUGUACUGAGACAAGCAGGAUUUGAAGUGGAGCACACCCCUCCUGGACAACCAAUUGGAAAUUCAAGGACAACAAAGACAAGCCCAGCCUUAGAGGGGUCGUCUGCAACUGCCCUGCCUCCUGUCCAGUUUUCUGAGCAGGUCCCACUGACAUCUCCUUCUCUGAAGCCGCUGCAGAUGGAUGAAGAAGACAGCCUGUCUCCUCACCUCCUGCUGCCAGACAGCAUCAGCCAGCUGGAAGAGUUUGGCAGGCAAAAGAAAUGGCACAAAAAGCAGCACAAACAGCAUCGCCAGAGGCAGUUCAAUGACCUCUGGGUUCGGAUAGAAGACAGCACCACCACAUUGCCUUCCUAUAUCAGGAUAACCAACGGCUACAUCACAGUCAAACCUCCCAUUUGGAUUUCAAACCGGCUGGAUCAGAGACCACGUUCAGAUCACCCAUCCCAGCCUCAGCCUACAAGCUCAGCUUCAACCAGCAUUUUAUGGCCAUCAAUAACUUCUCCUUUCUGUGUGGUCAUAGCUUCUUUUCUUCUGAAUCUACUGCAACCUUCCUGACCACAUUAGUAUUACGUGCAAUCCCUUGGAAUAGAGAAGAGAGAUAAUUUAUGAAAGAAUUGGAGGUUAUGACAACAACAUUUACAAACUGAACCUUCUCAGUGAAUCAGUAGUGCCUUCUAGCUGAUUUUGUCUCUUUGCCCAGAUACAUUUUGAAACUCUAAAGCUUUAUUGUAACACUGACUUACAUCUUCUUUUUGUAGAAGGAUCUUUAUUUCCCAUAGUGCUAUGGGGUUUUGUAAAAUAUACAUGUUCAUAUAAAGAAAAAAAAGAAAAAGAAAAAAUGUAUUUAUUCGACUGGUAAACUUAUUUUUUUCUUGUUGUAUAUGUUAAUAACAUCCCUGUUAAUCAGUAGUGAUGGUGAAACAGAUAAAUUAAUAUUUUCUAUAUUUGUUUUCUAACUGACAACUCUGCAAGUGUCUGAACUGACACCCAAUGAAUAGCUUGUACGUUUCUUUAACCAUUACUUUCUACAGCAGCUGUCCAAUAAGUACAUUUCUGCUGAAGUUCUGUAUUUUUUUCAAUUCUAAUUAGCAUAACUUAUAGUGAAUAAAACAGAUGCUGCUCUCUGUGUCCUAUUCCCAUUAGAAGAAUAGGUGAAUUCUUAUCUCAAGUUAGCUACUACAACCUAACAUCCCAGUUAUUUUUAUGUGGCUUAGUAAGUCAUUAGUCAAGAUAACACUUUAAGUUCACCUCUUGUCUUUAACUCAACUAUUUAACUUAUCAUGAAAUUACCAAUUUCCCACUUUGCCCUGGGAUUAAUUAGCUAACUCAAAUUAAGACACCUUUUUCUUAAUAAAAAUUUCUGUAAUAAUUCUACUGAAGUAAUUCUUCUCUCUCCCUCAUCUUAUAUAAACACAAGCCUAUAGCUUUCCCCAGCAUAAAUGAGAUUCAAAUUUGUUCUGUCUGUUGGGUAUAAAAUUGUAGUAUCCUGCUAAUCUUUAAAACUUCUUUGCUCCAGUUAUAUUAGUAUAAAUGGGCAACCUGGAGUGCAGAACAUGUCUAGAAGUUCAUUUUCAUCUUGCUAUUAUGAUGCUGAGCUGGUACCUCAAUGCUGAAUUGUGGCUUUUUCAAAAUCUGUUCAAGACAGCAGGUACUUAGUUAAGCCCUAUGUCAUGGGGACAUACAGAAGGUUCCUCCAUUUGUAGACCUUGGUACCUGUGUUGACUUAGAUGGAAGUUAUGAUAACUUACGCUCACUGAAAAGCUUUUAUCCUGUCCAGGCGGCUUCUUUUCAUGACUGAGAUGAAGAACACCUGUGGGAAAAGCCAUGUCCAGCUUAGAAGCUACUGUGUUUAAUACAGUAUGUUGAUUUUUCUUCCCCAUCAGGUCAUCUUUGAUGAAGAACACUUUUUGAUACAAGAGAUUCAAAUGGAAAAUUAGUUUUUGGUAGAAAUAUUUUUUUUCCUAAGUCAUCUACAAAACAAAAAUCCAAAAUAUUUGAUGAAAACGUAGUAGUUGAAAAGAAGAUUCAGAAAACUAGUAUUCAAACUCUUUUCUUUAUGAAAAAAUUCAAAUGAUAAUGAUGACAAUAAUACUGAAAACAGCCUGACGGAAAACCUUCAUGUCGCUUUCCCACCAGCCCUAAAAUUUGGUCUGCAGCAUUGGAGAUGAUUCCAUGUAAUCUUCAAGACCGCAUGUGAUGAGUCAAGGUUUAGGAUUCAUGGUUUGUUCUGUCACCAUACCAAUUAAUGCAGGAAAGUAGGCUAGGAAAUAAUCAGAAUAUGAAAGACGUGGUUUUAUUUGAAAUCAUGAUGAAAUACUGAGCUUUUCCAUCAUGCAUCUUAACCCAUUGCUUUAAAAAGGCCAGGGAGAAUACAUAUAACUUCUUUUUGACUUACCGCACACAUGACCUCCAGCCUCUGUUCUAUUUUUAGCAAAAGGAUGUAUAGAUUUGUGGUCAGUUGAAGUAGGUACCGUAGACAGUGCUAUAAGCUAUCCCAAUAUUUUCAAGCACAACAGUCAACAAGGCUGAAUGGAAAACUUUGAGCUUUGCCACAAAUGCAAGCUUCAAGCACGUCCUGUGCAUACUUUUGUGUUGUGUAUUUUGGCUAGCAGAAGAUUAGAGAUGUUAGUUUUGGACAGAAGCCAUUCACCUUGCAUAAUAUUUAUUGCACUGAGCUGAAUAUUGGAAACAUAUUUUGAGAACUUUCAGUUUUAUUUGAGCUGUUACCCUAGAAAUGCCUUCAUUUGAAUAUAAUGGCUUAACAGACCUUCAAAUUCAACCUUAAUGCGUUUCAUUGGCUCUCUUGCUUUAUUCAACACAGAGAUCAGAACUGAAUUAUAAUAGAAUUAUUAUGUAUUAUUCACAAAAAUAGAACUGGAAAUAAGGUAGGCAAAUCUUGAGAGUGAUGAGAAGUUACAUAAUAAAAGGGAACAGCCAAUGAACCAAAACCCAUUGAAUGUUUUAUUUGUUAUAAUCUGAUAGAAUCCAGAAAUGAUUCUGUGGUACCAUCCCAGAAAUAGUUCCAGGUGUUGGAAAACUUACAGUCUAAGUACAGAGGACCACAUAAAGAUAGAGAGAGAAAAGAGCAGAAAACAAACAAUUUGUCCAAAAUCAUGAGGAAAACUACCAAUAGCACUAAGACUGGAACUUAAUUCUACUCUUUUCUGGUCUGUGGCCUUCUCCAUAGGCUCGUAGGGCUUUUUUGAAUGUAAGGAGCACACAGAUAUCUCUAUGCUCACAGCUGGCAUUAUACCACACAGCAUAGUCACUCAGUUCAUCACUCUUAAAUUAGACUGCAAAUCUCCUGAGUGCAAGGCAAUUUCCCUGAGCUUGUACAGACCUCUGCCCUACAGAUAAGUUUUUGUGAGUCACUCCUCCUUUGGACAACAAUAUUAAAUACUCAUUAGCUUGGAUAUCACAGCAUGUUUAGCUGUACCAUGUAGUUUGUUUGGCACUCUUGGGCAUUUUAUCUGUAAUUCCUGUUAAAUGAAUGAAUGUUACUGGAGCUCACUGAACUUACCCUUGCACUGGUGCCCAGUGUUCUUCAUGUUGUGAUCUGGGUUUCAAUGCAAGGUGUCUCCGGGGUUCGGAGUCAACGCACUUGACUAAAAGUUAGAUUAUCUGAGCUUCCUGCAGGUCAGGGGAAAAGAUGCGCGCGUGCACACACACACACACACACACACACACACACACUUCUAAAGGCCAAUUCAUACUAAUGACAAUGGCUAUUAUGUAAAAGUCAUGAAGGAGGAAGGAAUUACAAUACAAGAUGAACUAGCUUCCCAUAGAUCGUAGUUCAGGAACCCUGCAUGAGUAGCUUCAGCACAGUUUUCCAAACAGAUCUUUCUUUUAUUCUGUUGUCUUACCCUAAAAUAUGACUUAGGGUAACUUGUUUCACUCCAUGGUAUGUAAACAUAGCAAUACCAACAAAUGAGACCCUCACUGUGAUAAAUAAAAUGGAAUUAUUUAUUAAUCAGCCACAGCAGACCAGUAUUAAUUUAAAUACAUUAAUACUAGUUAGCAGAGAUCUAUGCGCCUUCAAUAAAGUGGAUCAGGUCAAUGACGUGAUUAUAUUCCCCUCGAAUUUGAAGAGUGUCUACCAGAUGUGACACACAGUUUUAAAGUAAAAUUGGCUACCAGUUUCAUGGGAUUUCGUUUUUUUUCUGCUGGUUUUUAACACAUUAGACACUUAAAGACUGUUUUCUUUCUCCUAAGGAAACCUAAGAUUCCCAUGUAAUCACAAGAUUCCAGGAGCAGGAGAGUUUUUUAAAAAAAAAAAAAAAUCCAUGUCCAGUAAAUCUCACAUGAAAGCUGCAAACACUGGUGAUACUAUUUACCUGUGGGAAACACACACAAUCAACAGACUUGGGCAGUGUCAGUCAAGGACAUGACUUUGAUAAGGUUGAAUCCAAAGCUUAAUGUUCAUAUGAUUCAUUCUUGCAACUGAAACCUCAGCUACAACUAACAUCGAUACACUUUACAUUUUAUGUAACUAUUACAUUAUAAACAAAUACUAAUUUUCUGCCAAGCAAUUGCCCUGUCGGAAUAAAUAUCCUUUACCACCAGCAGCAGAACUAGCUUCCACCUCUUUCAUUGUUUUCAUGCUUGUCUUGCCUGUGUUUAACUAGAGAUGCUGUAUUAACACGCAUUGCCACUUGGAGAACCAGUUAGUAAGCUGGGACAGAAGGUAUAUUGUAUUUUAUGACUGAUGUAGUUUCUCUGCAAUCCCUCGGGCUGUUGAAUAAUGCAAUACCUCUUCUGGAAAUAAAUGAUGAACACGAUUUGUGAUAACUGUGCUUUAUACACGUGUCAAGAUCUGCUUUGCUGAGCUUCCCUUCCUGUUCCUCCAAGCUCCAGUGUAAUUUAGGAACACCCAAGGUACAGGGUUGUAUAUUUAUCCAAGUUCUUUGAUUUACAAUUGCUGAGAGAGAGUCCUUAAUCUAUAUUCAGUGCAUUGAUUAGUCAAAUAAUAUCACCCAAUCAGUCAUUACCAUACACCACUGUUAGGGAGGAAUUUCCCAUCAUAUAUUUAUGUUAAGGAAAGCAAAGUGCCAAAGUGAUUAUCUCAGCACGAAUGUUAUCAUUCCAAGCUUUGCUUAGCACCAUAAGAUAUUUCUCUGUUAUAUCCAAAAAACAUAUGGGCUUGAGUCAUAUCUCUGAUGUUAUCAAUGUUCUGUAGAAUGUGUGAGAUUUCAACUUC